AUGAAAGGAAAGAAAUUCACCAUCGGGUGUCGGAUCCUGAACACGCCUUGCACCAACAGUCGACCGACGAUUCAAAGCACAGACACAACCGCCAUCGAACUUGACGCUCCACAAGACGCUGUUGAUGUUGAAGAUUUCCCUGAGGGCGGCAUUCGGGCAUGGCUGGUGGUGACUGGAGCCUCACUCACCCUUUUCCCUUCAUUCGGUUUCCUUACUGCCAUCGGCACACUGCAAGACUACUGGGCACGACACCAGCUGCGAUUUUAUUCUUCACGCGACAUCGGCUGGAUCUCUGGCCUGCUGCUGUAUCUAUGGCUGGCCGCGGGCCUGAUUGUGGGGCCGUGCUUCGACCGAUACGGUCCGCGCUGGGUGAUGCUCCUGGGCAGCGUGGGCUUCAUAGCCAUGUUUAUCCUUCUCGCCCAUUCAAGUCAAUACUGGCACUUCAUGUUGAGCUGCUCGAUUAUCGGGGGACUUAGCGGUGCGAUGCUCAGCACGAGUGCCUUGGGUACAGUGGCACUCUGGUUUAAGGAUAGGCGAGGGUUCGCGCAAGGCAUCGCAAUGGCUGGCUCGUCUCUUGGUGGCCUGCUCAUCCCAAUCAUACUCCGAUACGCGUUUCCCCAAUAUGGAUAUGCCUGGUCCAUGAGGAUCCUCGCGUUCAUGGCGAUGUUCUGUCUCGCCUUGGGCAAUAUCCUUCUGCGAAAGCGAUCCGCACCGGCACGAACGACAGAAUCAGCACGCCCAAGCUCACGCCCAGCAAUUUCGCAACAGUCAAUCAUUUCCUUCUCCAUCCUCAGCGACCUUCGGGUCAGCCUAUUCGCGGCUAGUGUCAUCGGUCUCGAGCUGGUGCUUUUCCUUACGCAAGUGCUCCUCCCGACAUACGCCACCGCCCAAACUGCCUACCCUACCGAUAUCGGGUUCUACCUCCUUGCAGUAUGCAACGGCGCCUCAGUCCUCGGCCGCCUCGGACCAGGCUACAUAUCAGACAAGCUAGGCCAAUUCAACACCCUGCUCGCCAUGAUCCUCUUCAUGCAGAUCUUCACGGUCGCGCUGUGGCUGCCGUUCGGCCACACCUCGCUGGGAAGCCUGUACGCCUUCUCGGCGCUGUUCGGAUUCGGCACCGGGUCCUGGAUGGCGCUGAUCCCGGCUUGUGUCGGGCAGCUGUGCCCCCCAGGUGAGUUUGGGCGGUACUAUGGCGUGAUUUACUUCCUUGGCAGCUUUGUGACACUCGUGUCGGUGCCGAUUGGCGGGCAGCUCCUGGAAGGUGUUAGUGGGCAGGCCAUGAUUGGGUUCUGCUGUGCUGUGCUGAUCCUGAGCAUGGUCUUGUUCGCGCUGAGUCGCUGGGCGUGCCUGGGAAGGAAAUGGGUGCUGUGGGAAAAGGUUUAG